CGCCGCUCGCCUCAGUUCGGCUCUGCCGUCGCGCUACUACGACGUUCGUGCGCUCUCACGACUCUCCACUCGAAGCGGCUCUCGUGCGCGCGCGGCGAUACAGUGAGCCCGGUGUAACUAGUGCUCCGCCAUGCUGCUGCCGCUGGUGCUGCUGGCGCUGGCGGCGCCGAUGCUGGCCCCCGCUGCGGCGCGCCGCCACGCGCCCAGCUUGCGCGAGGACGAACCCGCAAGACGUACUAUCCGCCCCGCCGAAUGUCAAUUCGGCAAGCAGCCGAAAGAACUUGGCAGUAUGUGGUACGCUGACUUGGGUCCACCAUUCGGUGUCAUGUACUGCAUCCUAUGUGAAUGUGCACCGGUGCAAAAGAAGAGGCGAUUGGUGGCCAAGGUCCAUUGUCGGAAUAUCAAGAAAGAGUGUCCGGUGCCCUCGUGCGAUGAACCAGUGCUCUUACCAGGGAGGUGCUGCAAGGUGUGCCCAGGGGAUGUCGCUAACUCGCCUGAUCUCUUGCAGCAGGACAGUCCAGUCAUGAUAUUUCCCGAUAACGAAGAAAACCUUAGUAUGAAACAUUUUGGUGCUUUACUUACUGGGCGAUCUCCUCUAUGCAUCAGACGAGAUGACAUGACAGGCGUGCCAGUAGCACAGGGUGUGGCCACUGCUCGCUUCAUCUUCCGCCGCCGACAUCUCUAUUGGUCCGUAUUGCUAGGAUCUUCAAUCACUGCACAGCCUCGCGCCCUCUCCUUCUUAGAUAGAGAAGGAAGAAUGCUUAUUGAGCAUCCGCUAGCGAAGGCCCCUGGAAUACAUGCAACGUAUGAGGAAAAAACUGAUAAGUUAUGUGGAGUAUGGCGCCGUGUUCCUAAGGAAUAUAAGCGGUUAUUAAGAGACGGAUCCCUAUUUGUCGCAUUAAUAUGGGGAGAAGCACAAAAUAAUACCAUGGACAGUGCAUUAAGUGGACGAAUUGAUAGAUACCCAGCCCUAGCAUCGGAAAUGUUUACAUCCUUACUCGAACCGGAGAGUCCUAUAGAUCUCUCGGGAGACAGUUCCUGCAACGACCACUACAGACCUGGCCAACAAGAUAGGCCUGGCCAACAAGAGGGCUGGGGCGGCACUGCUGUGGUCACAGGCGUGGCUGGCGCGGCGCCGAGCUUGCAUAUAGCUGUCGCCUACAACGGAGUGUUCCCACCGGCUCAGGGCAAGGAACAACUGGUCAGGGUUUUAUUGUCGCUGCCGGAUAAGAAUGAGACCAUAAUUGACGAGGUACAAAAAGUGAACAAACCAAACUACGAGUUGAAUGUCCUUGAAGUAUCAACCCCAGUGUCUGCCGCCGAACUGCGAUCUCUAUCCAGAGGUCGUCUCCAACUAUCCGUGGAAGACCUGAACACUCCCGAACGCCGCAUAUCCGGGAAGAUACGCCAAAGAGCGGCAUGCGAGGUGUACCAUGCUCCACUGGUGACUGAGAGGUUGCCAGCCACUAUAAUUCCCGAGGGACUUGCCAUGCUUUACAUCGACAAGGAAGGCUCGCUUGUUUAUGAUAUACAGGCUCAUAAUCUGAACGUAGUCGACCCGAAGAUAACUCUGGUAGAAGAGCAAGGCAAGCGUCACUCGCAAGUGGAGAUUCUGGACACGAGAACUGGAGUGCUGGCCAGACCAAGUGCAAGAAUUUUCCCGCCAUUGUAUGAUGAUCAACUGGCUGUACACAUUAGUGGAGAUUUGGGUCCCCCUCUACUCCGAGGUAGAUUGGUAUCCCGACCAGUGCCUGAUGCAGCAGGUGGAGGACCCGCUUUGCUGAGGCGCACUGAGACUGUUCUAGCUGCUGACAACCCGCCCGCUGGCCUGGCAUGGAUAUCUGUUGAUGCGUUGUGUGGAUUGCAUUAUGAGGUGGUAAUCACAGGCAACGCUGGCGCUUGGACAGCCUGGCUGGACACUCACUCGGUAGAAGGCGGUGCUGUGCGCCCUCUGCUCGGCGCUGAAGGCUGCGUGCUGGAGCCCUCCUCUGCCGAACUUGGCUCCCUCCACAUCGGCUCCGCUUUCUUGAGCAUUCGUAGCACCGACAACGUUACUGUGGUUCUCAACACACUUCUACCUAAGAUCACCGUACCAGUGUCGUGCUUGGACGAGCCCUUCGUGAACUCCAAAUACUCGAACACGUUCGUGAAGAUAGUUCAGACUGAUCGGAGGCUGAGCGACAUGAACUCUCUCCUCAAAACUACUUCGUGCUUCUACAAAGGGCAGCUGUAUGCAGAUGGAUCGCAAUGGACUGUUCCUGAGUCCUGCUUGAUCUGCGGCUGCGUGCACGGCGAGCUGCGCUGUGACGCCGUGCGCUGUCCGCCCGUGGACUGCACGGUGCCCACCAUCACCCCGCCCGGGCAAUGCUGCCCUAUAUGUACUAAUUCGACGACAGCAGUGUGGAACGAGUCGCACGGUUGCCACUUGGCGGGCCAGUACCAUGCGCCGGGAUCGUCGUGGCACCCGUAUCUCGUGCCCGAGGGCUACGAUACGUGCGCGGUGUGCACGUGCGAGUUCUCCACGCGCCAGGUGCGCUGCCCGCGCGUGCGCUGUCCGCCGCUGCGCUGCGCUGAGAAGGACGCCUAUAGGCCGGACAAGAAAGCUUGCUGCAGAGUGUGUCCUGAGGUUUCACCCAAGAAGCCGGAGGAGCUGGCGCCGAAGGACCAGGGCGCGCCGCGCACGGCGGAGGAGAUCCUGGCGGAGGGCGGCUGCCGGUUCCCGGACGGGCCGCUGCUCAACGGCAUGGAGGUGCACCCCUCCAUACACUCCCACGGCGAGCAGCGCUGCGUCACCUGCAGGUGCAAGGAUGGCGAAGUGACAUGCAUAAGGAAGCGCUGCAGCCGCGUGUCGUGCGCGCGACGGAAGCGCGGCGACGCGUGCUGCGCGUGCACGCGGCACCGCCGACAGCGGCCUCCGCGCCCGCCGCUCCCCGCCCCGCCCUCGCCCAGCUGAACCACACACCCCAGACUGCUGUAGGCUAAGUGAGUGAACGCAUCGCUCUAUAGACUGAUAUAUUUUUAUGUACUCGUGCGAUUCGAAUGUGUAUAGAUUAAGGCUGCGUCCUUGUUGCUAUCGCCCGAUUGGGAGGCGUCCGUUGCAAACGAACGAACUUUAUGGUAUCCGAUUUGUGACGUCGGGCGAUUCUUAGUAUUCUGACGCACGCGACGACCCUGAGGUUACGAAGGCGGCGAACGGCCGCGCGUGAGGAGUCGACACGACGGAGGUAGCUUUACUGUAACUGAAUGUUGAAUACUUACCCACCGGUAUUAUAAUUGGUAUUAUGAGAUGACCCGAAAUUUUAUAGGCGCAUAUAUCACCCGUUAUCAGAUUGUAGUGUAAGUCGUAUACGACUCGGUUGCUCCGAAUGUGAGGACAGGGCGAGCGCGGUCGAAAAAGUUGUGCCAUAUUUUCGUAAUGUAAAUAUAAAUUAUUUCUUUAAUAUUACUUAUAUGCAUAUUUAUUUACGUUUGUAAUGUUGAUACGGGAUCAUGUUCAAGUACUCGCGUUUGGUUUGAACCAUCACAAACUCUUGUUAUUUGAUGGCCUUGUUUGUGCAUUUGCUUUUAGUGUAUUAUUAUUAUUAUAUAAUACCAGAUGGAUUUACAAGUGAUUGUAUAAACUGGUAUACCAAUAUUUGUUUAGUGAAUCCUAUGUCAAAAUAGUUGUAGAUUUUAUCCGUAAGGGCUGUCACUCGUAAAAGUGAAGCGACGUCGCCAUAAUGUUAUUUCGGAAUUUCCAGUACCAUUAUAUGUGAUGGUUAAAUCGAAUUUAGUUACGAAAUUAAGCACUAUGGCAACGUUAAAUUAUUAGUCCAGUAUAAAAUACAUUAUCCACACUGCCACUGUCACGUUAUAUUUGAAUUGUGUUUAGUCUGGGCAGCAUGGCACGAGGCAUUUUGUAGAUAUAUACCUGAAAUCUAUUUGACUUAAUUUUAUACAGCAUAAUCAUCAAGUCUGAUGAUAAUCCAAUUAUUAUCCAAACAUACCUUGUAAAUACGACAUAAUAUUUUGUUUUAGAUAUCAUAAUUUUAACAUUGUAUACUAUUUUAUACUGAUAAUGAAUUGUACCGAUUUCGAACAUUAAUUUAGUAUACGCGAAUGUCAUGACUAGUUUUGUUUAAUUACUAGGUUUAUUUAGUAGUUCAGUUAUGUAAUUAAGGAAGCUAGUCCAAAUGUUUUGAUGUGAUGGAAACGAAUGCCAUGUAUGUAGUAGAUACUGAUUGUAUAAGUUUGAUGCGGGUGCUAACUCCACUGGGUACUUUGAAUAUAUUUUUCAAAGAGUGUGUACAAUUGAGUUUUAAAGGUUUGCAUUAUUAGGCAAGUUAAUUUUACACACCCUGUAACGUUAUAUUGUUAAAUCUAUGACAUGGAUUUUUAGUAUUUAAGGUAUUGUGUUAAAUUGUCAUUUGGAAGUCACUUGGAAGUUUUAUAAAUGUGAUGUUGUACAUGAUUAAUGUUACCUAUUUUUUAAAAUCAAUACCUAGUUAAAUGUAACUCAGUGGAUGUAGAGCCAUGUAAUUUUGCUCAGAAGCAAAAUCAAUUCGGAAUAUUGGAGCGGUAUUGCCAAAAAUAUGUAAAGUUUGUAUAAAUUCGUAUUUUGUUGUGGGUUCUAGUCCAUCAAAAUUGUGAGGAGUAUGUAUAGUUUUAUUGGCUAUAUUACGUUUUCAACAUAAUGAGAAUUCGAUUUUAAACAAGAGUUAUCAUUGUUUUAAUAAUUUUAUCUAACAAUAGAAAAGUAGUCACCUAUGGCUUGCUAAUAACAUGACUAAUAGCCAUAAAGGAUACUCUGAAUUCGCUUUGUUGCAUUGUUUUCUAUUUAAUAAUUAGCAUUACUCCCGUUUGCCUACGAAAAGAUAUUUAGAGAAAAGUUUAUACAACCAAAACCUUUUCGAUAUAAAUCGUGAUCAUUGUAUAAUUUGGGUCGAUUGAGUCAAUAGAACUUAUGUAAAACAUCGUACAGUUUUAAUAUGAAAUAAAUUACCUGUGAACACAAA